GACGGAUUUCUUUUCACCGAAUGCCACUUGAAAAUUCAGUGGAUUUGGUGAGACGUAUACGUCUCGAUUUUUGUAGGUGAAAAAGCAUCAGCCUCAUCUGCAGAUGAUCAACUUUGCCGAUCGAGAGACCUGACGACCCCCUUUUUAUAGCAUCCGGAAGUGAGGCUCACUUACUUGUCGCUCGACACCGGCCGGUCCGUUGGCAAUGGAAGGCCUGAUACCGUUGGUGUACAGGGCCAUCGUGGAGUACAGGAAGGCGAGGGAGGUCGCCAUUGGGAGCCUCCUGUGCGGCGGCGACCAGCCAUCGUGUGGUCCGCGCGCGCCGUCGUCGGCGCUCUUCCGCGACGCUGCUGGGAGCUGCUGGCACGCCGCCGCGUCUCUCUCCCCGGCCGCGUCGCCGCCGGCGAGGGCCAGCCUGGUGUCGCCCCUCCUCCGCUCGGCGUCGCGCCGCCAUUGCGCAGGUUAGUCGUGCACCGUUUGGAGUUUGGAGCACAGGGAUGCGACAGCAGUGUUCUCACCGGAGGCCAGAAUACGGCCGGUUUAUGCGAAACGCCUGUGUGUUUGAAUAAGGGCAUGCAUGAUGAUCAGGGGGUGGUCCAAAGGAGCACCUCAACUGAGAAGCAGGCAAAGCCCAGCUGCUUGUUGUACACUGCUGCUGCUCAGGUAGCGAGCGGCCAUGUGCUUGUGUUGUACUGCGCGUUUGCUGGAAGUUCCAGCACCAGAUAGCUAGAGAUGAGAAUGGUGAGAUCUUGAGGGUGUACAUAGCAAUAAGAAUGUGCUCACCUGUGUAUAAGUGCAAGAAUAUUCAGUGUACUGUUCCGACUGAUGAAUUGUUCUAUUUGUGACACAGUAAUCCACCAUC